GAAAUUAAAAUCGAGUUAGUUGUAAUUGUGGGGCUCUGCUUGUUGCAGACCAGCCUAGACCUUCGGAAGACCAAUUGAAAUCAUCUUCUCCUCCUCCUCCUCAUCAUAAAUAAAUGGCGACAGUAUCGAUGAGUUGGUCACUCCCUACCAUCAACAACUCCUCCCCUUCACACCUUCGGCGACCCAAUCGACUUCACUCGGUUAUGACUUCUGCAAGCUUGAAGAAGGAGAUUUCUGGUGUCGGAGUGCGAGUCACAGAAGGGCAAGGGAAUUUGCCCAAGGUCGUGCUCUCGUCUCCUCACGGAAGUGAGGCCGAACUCUAUUUAUUUGGAGGUUGUGUCACCUCUUGGAAAGUUGCCGACAAGGAUCUGCUUUUUGUUCGGCCAGAUGCUGUAUUCAAUGGGCAGAAACCUAUCAGUGGAGGUGCUCCACAUUGUUUCCCACAGUUUGGUCCUGGCCCAAUACAGCAGCAUGGAUUUGCAAGGAACAUGAAUUGGUCAGUUGUUGAUUCUGAUGACGUGGAAGGAAAUCCUGUGGUUACUCUAGAGCUAAAGGAUGGCCCUUAUAGUCGUUCUAUGUGGGAUUUCAGCUUCCAAGCUAUUUACAAGGUCAUUCUUGAUGCGAAGAGCCUUUCAACAGAACUCGUGAUUACAAACACCGAUAAAAUUCCAUUUUCAUUUAGUACGGCCCUGCAUACGUACUUCCGUGCCGCUGUAACAGGGGCAUCAGUGAGAGGUUUGAGAGGUUGCAAAACACUGAACAAAGAUCCAGAUCCUAAAAACCCAUUGGUGGGUAAGGAGGAAAGGGAUGUGGUUACUUUUCCUGGAUUCGUAGACUGUGUUUACCUUGAAGCGCCUGAUGAAUUACUCCUUGAUAACGGUUUGGGAGAUAAGAUAUCCAUCAAGAAUAGCAACUGGACAGAUGCUGUACUGUGGAACCCAUAUCUGCAGAUGGAAGCAUGCUACAAAGAUUUCGUUUGUGUCGAAAAUGCUAAGAUCGAAAAAGUGCAGCUAGACCCCGAGCAAUCUUGGACUGCUACCCAGCUGCUAAGCUUGGUGUGAAGCGUAGCUGAGCAUGGCUUUCCUAGCUUGCACAAAUUUCGUGUUUUUCUCUUCUGUUCAAUAUUCGCAUUCCUUUUUUGAAGAGUUAGUUAUCCAAGUGACUCGUCCAUGCUAAUAUUUGCAGUUGGCUAAUAAUGCAAAUAGGCAAAUUAUGGUA